AUGCUCUUCACUACAAGGAUACAGGAAAUACUAACGGACGGGGCUGACGUCUCCAAAAACCAGCUCAUCACCUCCGGUAUGAUGGGGGCAUCGCCUGGACACCAGACAUGGCGUAUCAACUCGCCCUCGCCUUCCGGGCGUCCUGGACGUGUCGCGUUUGAUAUGCUAGGACUCGGAACGGGAACCUGCAGACAUUUGUCCCUCGCGUCGCACAACAUCGGACUCCCGGGGAAUCUUGACUAUUCCGGGAAAUCCGCAGAAAGCGGCUCGGGUGAAGAGCCUGCACCGCCAUCUGUAGCCAAGCUCGCCGGGUUAUUUGGUGACACCUUGAACAGUUCAAAGAAAGAGGUUCCACCACCACAUAAGCCAACCAGACGGAAACCGCCAUGUUCUCUGCCACUGCCGAAAACCGAGGUUACUAAUAAUGGGGAUGAGAAACUGUCUCCCCCGCACUCACAGGUGCCUAAGAUCAAGGUGAAGAGUUCCCCUCUAAUUGAGAAACUUCAGGCUAACUUGGCCUUCGCUCCUGCAGCUCUUCUUCCAGGACCACCCCCAAAGAGCCCCGGAUUUAAAGCCAUGGCCUCUCCAUGGAGCACACCCCCAUCGACACCCAGCAGCCCCGGUGUCCAGUCACAUUCCAGCCACAUAGAGGUAUCACCGGUCAGUUUUGAACAGCCACCAGAGGGCAGUCAUCUGCAGAGCUACACUAAGAUCCGCACUAGAGGCUCCAUAAAGCGGAGACCUCCCAGUCGUAAGUUUCGGAAAUCCCAAUCUGAUAUGGACUUUGACGUUGAAACGUACAACGCACCUGCGAGAGAGAAUGGAGAUAAAUCAGAGGAGGGCGACGCUGCUCUGAGGGACAAGGAAAGCGCGGACGGAUCGCCGGUGGCGGAGAAUUCACCAUCUGAGCCUGAGCAAAAAACGAAGCAGGAGGAGGCUGAAGAGGAGGAGGGCGAGCGGGGGGAGAAAUCCGACAAACAGGAGGCAAAACCAGACACAAACGAGACAGAGACGCCGGACAUGGAGGAGAAGAGUGAAGAUCCAGGAGAGGAGUGCGACGGGGACGAUAAACCUGAAAAGUGAAGCAAAACGACCACCAGUAAAGCACAGGCCUUGACCGGCGGGCUGGGACGGCUGCCAUGUUUGAGCGCAGUAGAUCCGGUCCUGGAUGACGUCCCUCCUCAGUGCGACCUGGAGGAUCCCUACAGA